GUCACUUUAGCUAGCUACAGCUAACACUUUGACGGUUUCGCGAAUUUCCCGGAAGUGUAAUUUGAGUCGGUAAAGAUCGUAAAUAAACAUAUUUAACGUGGAUAGGUUACUGAUAUGUUUAUUUUAUGUGUCGGGUUUUGUAGAACCUACAGACGUAUAUUUUUUGUCGAAAAUUAUCUUUCAUUAUGAUUAGAAAAAUUAAACAUGUAAAAUUGCCUUUGUUUUUCAGUAAUUAAUGCUGAUCUUUGAAAAUGCAUUGCAUUUAAACAGUUAAUCACGUUGUACUUACUUUGAAAUUCAAUAUUAUUUUUUAUCACAGUCGCUUUAAGAAGAUAGAAUAUUUCAACCGAACAGCAUAAUAAAAACAGUAAAAAUGAAAUACGAGUUUAUUAAAUUGUAAACAGAACGUGCCAGUAAACUAUUUUAGAGCAAUAAUGAGUUUAGGUGUGUUGUAUUUUGUUUGUGGCCAUAUAAACUUUACGCGGAAUUGGAUACUAUUCACAUUGGAAUAAACAAAGGUUCUUCUACGAAUAUAAUGUCAGCUACUAGAGGAAGCGGUGGCGGCAACCGGCCGACCAACAAGCGCCAAAAAGAGCUGGAAUACUGCGAAAAGCUCAGGCUGAUGGACGCGGAACUCAUGUCCUUCUACCAGUAUUGUCAGCAGCAGGGCUUCACCUCUGCCGAGAUGGAGGUAAUCUGCGCUCCUCUUCUCCAAGCAGUCCGCAGGAGCACUCUUCGGCGAGUACUGAGGACAAGUCUGUUCCUUCUGGUCCUCAUCCUGGCUGUCUACUGGCUUGUCACUCUCCCGACCGUCCGUCUUCAUCUCACGGCAGUCGCUAGAAUACUCAUGAUCAAGGCAUUGCCUCUUUGGGACUGGAGGCCACUGUUCUAUGAGUCUUGUUUGAUGAACAAUCCUUUCUACGAAGGCUACAGACUGUCAGAAGACGACUGUGUGUCUUGUGAAGUACUGGACCAUGUUGAUCGGUUGAACAAAGUGAGUUACAAUUUAGUCCUGGACUCCUAUCUCAACAGAGAUGCUCCAUUCAUUGUGACAGAUGCUAUGGACAGCUGGCCAGUUAUGAGGACUGACGAGUUCUACUUCGAUAACAUAACUCAGUUGUAUUUGCGUGAUGAGAAACUCAUAGAGACGGUUCCUUGUAUCUUGACUACCAAUUUGCGCACAGGAUCCUCUGAUCUUUUGGCCUUCCUGAAGCGUAUCCACAGUCCAUCCGUGGAUAAAUGGUUUGUCCAUUGGCAAAACUGUGACAUAAAUGCUGUGAAGGCUUUACGCAAGUUCUACCAGAGGCCGUACUUCUUGUCUAACUCAGUGUCUCCAGCUCACUUCAACUGGGUACUCAUGUCAUCUGACUACAAUACCUACAACUACAAAAAGGUGGAGCUGGACUCUGGCCUUAUCAUGUUGGCACAACUGAGGGGUGCCACAGUUUUCAAGUUGAUUCCCCACAACCCAUGUAAUGCAUCCUGCCCUGAACUGCAGGGCACACUGCACGAGGGUGAAAUGUUGGUAUUCACAAACUUCCUAUGGACACUGGAGUACUACCCAGGCCACCGCUUAGACAGUGUUGCCAUCCUUACCGAAACUGUCUGGGACGAGAAUAUGUCUUGAUCCUUGCUAAAGAAAAGUCUCUUUAUGACCAGUGAUUAAAUGUCUUAAGCUUAAUUUGAGUCUUCUUUAUUUUGUACUAUAAAAAUUGACCAAUCAAGUUCAGGAAAUAUCCAGUUAAAUUCACCUGUACAAAACAACAUUGGUUUUAGCU